AAUAUAAUGUUGGCAGCACAUCAAGGUUACCCCAUGUGGACCAUUACUUCCGUUGUUGUUUCGUUGUUGUCGUGUGAUUCUUAUGUUCCUCUUGCGUUGUGAGGAUUUACAUGUUUUGUUAGUGCAAGUGGAACCAUAUAUAGGGUUUGAAAUGGAACUCAAACGAAAAUAUGAAGACGUAAUCACAGACUCUGUCAAAUUAAGAUGUGAAAGAAAAGCGGCAAUUAGGAGUUGCUUGAAGGAGAAAGUCGGCAUCAUUAAUGACUGUUGGAUCUCUGACAAAUCACUGCACACAGAUUUUGGUGUUCAUGUAGAUGCUUUACCCUUUAAACAUUGCAUUGUGGAGAAUUUCAUACAAGAUAGGGAAUAUCUAAAGGAAUUGAAAGCAGAGCUCCUAGACCUUAAAUUCAUAAUGAAGCGGAAUGACUUGUACCAGUUCCACCAGUCACAUGACUUAGCAGCAAUAAAUAAACCUCUGAUUAACUCACUGAAGCAGUUUCUUGUUGAAGAAUGUUGUACAUGGCUGGAAAUGGCAACAAGUAUAAAACUUAACACUAAAGUCUCUGUGACAUGUUCUUCAUAUAAUUAUUCAGAUCACCUGCUGUGUCAUGAUGAUAAAUGUGAAGAUAGAAGAAUUGCAUUUAUUCUCUACUUGAGUGAACACUGGCUGCCAGAUUAUGGUGGUUCCUUGGAACUUUUUAACACAGAUGAUAAUGGUCAACCCCAAGAAGUGGUGAAAAGUGUCCAGCCUUUGUUCAACUCUCUUGUAUUCUUUGAAGUGAUGUGUAAAUCAUUUCACCAGGUAGCUGAAGUGGGAGUCGUAGAUCGAACAAGGCUUUCUGUUAAUGGUUGGUUUCAUGGGCCUCUUCCAGAAUGCAGUAAUAUUGUUCCAAAUGCCCAUAUAGAUGUACACAUGUUUUAUCCCAUCCAGGAUGACAGUAGUCUUUUAAAAUAUGUGAAUCCUAUGUACUUGGACUCUGACAUACAAGAACAGAUUAGUUCCAGCUUUGAGCAGGAUAGUGAGAUUUUGUUGCCAGACUUCCUACAUAAAGAUUUCUAUAAAGAAAUAUGUGAUUGCUUAUGUAGUGAUGAUAUUUCUUGGGAACUGCAAGGACCACCCAAUCGUAGAAAGUAUGAGACUUCAUGCGAGAAAGUACUGCCAUUACCAAUGAGUAAGCUUGUGCAAUUGUUGAAAUCAGAACAGUUCUUCAAAUUGCUUGGUAACAUUACAAAUUUGGAGUUGAUGCCAUCUCAAAAUACUGAAGUAAUGCUGCCCCAGUGCUCAUAUGAAUUACAGCGGUGGAAAAAUGGUUUCUAUACUUUAAUGCGUGAUGACCAUAUGAGUAAUGAGUAUGCACUGGAUGCCAUCAUCCACUUCAAUGUCCACAGUUUGAAGCAGCUGCAAGGAGGUUUUGUGUCCUAUGUAGCUCGUGAUGCAGAUGAAGAGUUGUUGACUCUUCUACCAAGCUAUAAUGCUCUUGCUUUAGCAUUCAGAGACAAAGAUACACUGCGUUUUGUGAAGUACAUUAACAGUGUCUUGCAAGGGUGCUUUCACAUGCUCCAGUUUACAUAUUAUGAGACCUUCACAUCCUCCAGUUCUGAAGAAAAGGCAGAAAACAUAUCAUAAUACAUGAUGGAUUACUAGAAUGUGGUGCUUGUUGUAAGGGGCAUUUCUGCCAUGCCAGGGCACCACCAACAGCUGCUCUCGAGGCACCUCGUUGCGCUUCCCGUAGGAGUUCUUCCUCAGCAAGCCUGUAAUAAAUUCAUUGUAACACAGUGAUCCAGUGUUUAAAUUUC